UUAUUUCCAUUAUUAAAUCGAUUUGAAUCAUUUACAAUAAUGCAAGCAAUUAUGUGAUUAUUAAAAAAUAUUAAAAAUUUUAGACAUUCGCUACCAUUUAUUCUGUCAUUUCUCAUGAACUUUAUUUUUCAUUUUUUUAAACAACGAUGAUCGUCGCUUCUGAUGAUGAUUUUUUUACCUGGAUUUUACAUGGAUCAUUACUGAAAUACAUUAGUUAUAUUUAUAAUAAUAACAUUAAAGUUUGAUCGACGAUUUUCAAAAAAUGCAGCAGACUAAUCCUCACAUGUAUUGAGAACAUAUGGGGAUAUUCCAUGUCAACUCGUGAGGUUUAACCCCUCAUGGUUUUUUAUUUGUUUGCAAAAUCAUCCAUCCGUUCACCACGUCACUAUAACCCUCCCUAUUUUUUUAUUUUUUCUUUUUAAUGAACCGUUUCACCACAAUCGAAAUUUAACCUUUCUUUUUAGACGUCACUUACAGCCUCCAGUGAGGAGUGAUAUUAUUACACAACAAAUUGUAAAGACAAAAUGAUUAGUUUAUAGGUAAAGAAUUGAAAAAAUACAUUAAUUUAUCAAAUAAUCAGCAUUACAACACUUUUAGAACUAAAAAAUCGUUAAUGUUCGUCACAAAAGCGUGAUUAUUGAAGAAAACCCAGUUUGAAUUUCCAUAUUAAAAUUUUACUGCUUGAAAAACUGAAUUUUCCACUGAUUUUGGCACCAACCGCAUUAUUGGAUCUCAAGAGGAGAUUUUUUUAUUAAUUUUUGAAAAAAACAAAUAUUAUACAUAUAUUUCCAAUGGAGAAUCUUAUUAUUGUUUACAACUAUUCACAUGAUUUAAACAGUUAUAUAAUAAUAGUUGUAUAUAUUAUCGUCGCGCAUGCCCUCUCUGUACCGUUUAUAAAAUGGCGUCACAAAACUUUGACAGUUGUUGACACGACCAGCUGACGUUGGAGUUAUUAUAAUUUAUUAAAAAAUCGCGUGCGCGUUCCCAUUUCUCCACGAUGGACUGUCCAAUUCCUGACUAACUAUUACCUUCAUCGCCAUAAUUGUCAAAAUCCAACCGAGUUUAUUAAACCAUUGCUCCAAUGAUAGUCAAGUCCACGAGAAAACGACAAAUAUUAUGAUCAGAGAGUGCAAGAAAGUGUCUAUUUCACCACAUAAACUCUACAUUAUAAAAAAUGGAUGAGAAUAACUGUCAACUGGCUGAGGAUGUCACUGUCGAGACUUUGGGAAUCACUCAAAUGUCAUCAGCUUCUUCUGGAAUUCAUUCAAACUCUGAGGGGGUAAUAGACACAGAGAUCUUCCCGGAUGCCACAGGUCCUCCCAUAGAAUGCAAAACAUUUCCUGAAACCCCUGAGACUUCACAACCAUCUGAUUCUGAUAUCCAUGGUUCGACAUCUUUAUUAGAUUCUUCUGUUGCCGUUCCUGACUCUUCAUCUUUGGAAACUGCUCUGGAAUUGAUAAAUGAUGGAGUUCAAGAUACACCAGCCCCCGACCCUGCAAUUAGUUCUCCGCAAGAAAAUCCGAGGGCAGAAGAAAAUGAAGGAGAAAAUUUACCUAGAGUCCCAGGAAAUUUCGAGGCUAGGGUAUCAGCCAAAACUACAUUUCGUAGAUCGUCUCUUUCUGAAGACAGCAGGCUAGUUAAAAUGUCAUUGCCAACAAAUUCCAUAAACCUCAUCCAGUCGAAUGCCCAGUUCCUCAAUAAAAGCCGGAAUUUCUUGAAUUUCAUCACGGAAAAAUCGACCAAUAUCAUGGAAAAGGCGUUACUACCUCAACAUAUCGCUGCUCGAUAUAACGGGAAUGAUAGAAAGAAACUGCAAGAUUUCGCAGCAACAAAAUUUGGAUCAAUGCAAAAUAUCGUCACUGAAAAAUUACCAGAACCACCAGAGAAUAAUCCCAAAGCUGAAAGUUUCACUGUCAAUGUCAAUAAAACUGAUCAUUCAGAGGAAAUCAUUGCUGAUCCUCCAAAUUCAGCAGUAAUACGUAAUUCCAAUCAAGAUCUGUCCAUCUCAUCGUUUCAAGCUGACUCUACGUUGACUGAUGAUAUAAUUUCACCAGUAAAUGGCUCGAGUAAAAAAGAAUCCAGUUUGAGUCAGCCAAAUUUGGAUCUGAUGAAAGAAGAAAAAUGGGUUCUAGUGGAAAGGAUAAAACAGUUGGAGGAACGAAAUAGGAAAUUGGAAGAGGAGAAUGAUCCAAUUGCAACUGAGAACAGAGAAAAAACUGUUGAACGUUUGACGACGGAGUUGAGGAUGGCCAUGAUAACUCAGGAAGAGUUGAAGAAAGAUUUUGCAGCUGCUAAUAAAGAGAGGGAGAGUAUGGUGAUGAAAUAUGCAGUUGGGGAGAAACAAUUGAUUGAUACGCAAAGAGCAAGGGAUGUAGCUGAGAAGAAGGGGAAGGAUUCAACGAGAGAAUGUGAAUUACUGCAGAGUAAGUUGAAGCAGGCAUUGGGAGAACGCACAAGAAUAUGUGGAAUAUUGGAUACAAAAUGUAAAGAGCUCGUGGAAUGUCAGAAAGAAGUCGAGAGACUCAAAGAAGAUGUUAGCGUAAAAGAUGUCAAGUUAAAGUGGUCGCAGACAAAAUUGAAAACCGAAAUGGAAAUGCAGAAAGAGACACAGCAAAAAUUGGACAAAGCCGUUGCAAAGAUCAAUGAAAUGAUGGAAGAGUGUGAACAAGUGCGUCGUGAAUCUCAGGAGACGAUACGUCAAUUCCAACGAUCAGAGGAGAACAAAGCUGUGACUCUUGAUCACCAAUUGAAAGAGCAACAGGCGCGACUUAUCCUUGAACGUCAUUUCACCGAGGACAAAGAAAUAUUACGCUCGCAGUUGCAGAAGGAGGUGGAGUCUUUGAAAAAUCGACAGCAAGUUCUCAUCGAGGAAAACAAUUCAUUGAGUCUGAAAAUUCAGGAUUUGGAAAAAGAGAGAUUGAUGUACGAGAAUAAUUUGAGUAAUCUGAAGAUUGUUGCUGACCAGAGGCAGAAGGAAGUCGUCGACUUGACAGCUAAAAUUUCACAUUUGGAAACACUGAAACUUCAACUUAUUCAUAAAGAACAAUGUCUGGCGUCAAAUGAAUCAGAAGUUGCACGUCUUCGUCUCGUAAAUCAAGAACUACAGACCGAUAUGGACUGCUGCAGACAGAGAGAAGCUCACAUGUUAGAAUUCACUCAAAAAUUGACCGACAAAAAUGUGAGACUUCAGUCUGAAUUCACAUCAAUCGAGGCCAGAGCAAAUCAAUUAGAAAACGAACAGGGACCAUUGCGAGAAUGUAUAACUGAGAUGAAAGCUAAAGUGAAGUCAUUGCAGGAGAAUCUUGCACUCCAAACCAACAAGAGGAUCGAAGAGUGUGAGAUAUUGGCCAAACAUCUCGCAGAGCAGACACAAUUGGCGCAGAAUUUAUCCCAAAAGCUGGAAGAUAGUCAGGGAGAAAAUGUAGUACUUAGGAGAAAGCAUCAGGGAUCUAUCAAAGAAAUGACUCGAGAACUACAGCAAUGCAGGAAAAAGCUCGAGUCUUAUGAAGUGUCUUCACCAACAAAAUCCUUGGAUCAAACGCCUAGAACCUCUUCUGACACUUCUUUGAAUACGGUAGAAAAUUCAAACGGAGUUUCAUCACCAGAAAAUAGCACCAAUGGAGAAUUCUCAUCGCCUUAUACAGAUCUAGACAAGAACUCGUUGAUUGAAAGAAUUCUGAAGAUGCAGAGGAUCAAUGUGAGAAGAGCUGAGAAACUCGAUUUUUUGGAGGAGCACACCAGAGCUCUCGUUUCUGAGCUUCAGAAGAAAACUAAAAUUAUCCAGAAUUAUAUUUUACACGAAAACUUUGAUGCAAUGGGAAAUAACGAGCGAGAUCGAUAUAAGAAUUUGAAGAGUAAGAGGAAUGCUGCGGAAUUGGCGAGACACGGUGGAAUCAUGGCAUCUGUUUACAAUCAUCGAGUAUCUGAUGAUAACAUGACGCUGGAAUUGUCGUUGGAGAUCAAUCAGAAAUUGCAGGCAGUACUGGAGGACGCACUACUGAAAAAUAUAACUUUGAAAGAUAAUAUCGACACGCUGGGUGAAGAAAUAGCUCGAUUAUCAAUAAAAAAUCAACAGUUGCAAAAAUCAUCGAAAUAACAGAAGAACAAGACGAAAUAUCGAGUGCACGAAAAGUAUUAAAAGAAAGUAACUUCCAAAGGAAAAUAUAUAGUCUUGAGAAGAAGCUACCGAUGCGAAAACGAGACAAAAAGUAUUGCAAGAACUAUAUUAUUUGAUACAUAAUUUAUUUUUACUUCCCUUUUAUUUUUAACUCCCUUUUACUUGAUUAAAAAAGCUUUUAUAUAUUAUGUACUAAUCAAUUAGAAUCACAGUGAAUGUAUUAUACUUACCUUGUCUAUUUUUGGUGCUCUUAAUGACUUUUAAUUACUUCUAACUUGAUUACACUUUUAAAUAUCCUAUGUCGUCUCUGUGUAAUUGAAAAUUACUGUGUACUCGUUGGCCUCAAUGAUAUGCAUAUGAUCACUGAUGUAACCAGUGUAUGUAUUAGAAAGAAAAUAUGUAUAUUAUACGUUACGUUGAAUUAUAAAUUCGCCAGCUUCUUAAGGAUAAUAUCAAGAGCGAAAUAAAUUCCACGUUGAACAGUUGAUCGUUUUUUCUUCUCUAUUGCACAAUUAUUUAACUUGGAUUUUGUUUUCUUGUGCUUAUUUUUUCUCAUACGAUUUCUACAAAUGGGUUACAGACAAUCGAGUGAUUUUUCAUCUUAUUAUUAAUUUUUCAUCAUUUACAUUAUACAUCAGUACUUAGGACGGUAAAGGCUUUGAUAGAAAAAUCCAAAUGAAAAUUUCAUACUCUAUUUUCGCAUUAUUUUCUUUGUUCUCCAAGCAAAUUAUUAUUCAAACGGAAUGAUGAAGAGACCAAGCAAGCUGUAUGAGCUCAGUAAAAACUCUAUGAUCUAAAUUCUCUCAAAAACAUUUCAAACUGGCACUCGAAGUAAAUGCCUACUUAGGUUUUCCACUCUUUGUUUACACAUUAAAUUUUUUAAACAACAUUUACAUGAAUCGCAUUACAUCUAUGUCUUAUUUAUAAGUUCCUUUUUCAACUCGACUCAAGAGAAAUCUUUUUAUUUCCAUGCAUUGUCGCAAUUUAAUGAGAUAUUGUUUUGACUUUUUGGUAAUUCAUUUUCCUGGUGGUAUGCAGUGAGCAUUGUAUUUAGUUAUUGUAAAUCCUAGGAUUGAUCUAAUGAAAAAUCAUUGAAUGGAAUAUAUUACCUGCACAAUGCACACAUAUUCUAUAUACUUAGAGUUUUUUUUUCACUCUCAGGUUAACGGAGAGUAUUUUUAUUUCACGGUAUCAACUCUUCUGAGUCUUGAGUGGAAACAAAAAAUUCGUGAAGAGCAAUUUGAAGUUUUAAGAUUACCUCAUAAAUUAAUAGAAGCGACUACACUACCUUUCCCUUUUUACAAGUACAUUGAUAUCCAAAGAUUGUGGGGAAGUAAAAUCAGUUCCAUUGCACCAUGUGAAAACUAAAAUUGAAAUCUCUGAUUUUAGAAUGAACAGGCAAAAAUCGUUUGUCUACAGAUUCCAAUUGACACGUAAUAGAUAAAGCAUGUGAUAAAUAUUAAAAAAUAUUAAAUAUUAAAAAAUAAUUCCCAUCGAGUUACAUCGAAAUUCAAAGAAAAAAGUCAAUUAAAAGCCUAUUCCAAAUUUUUUUAUAUCAAAUAAAAAAAUAACAUGAUUGUUGUUAACGGUGUCUAGUCGAGGUCUCAGUCGCCAUUUUUUUUAAAAGGUUAUAAUAAUCAAUAAAAAAUGGUAAUUUUUUAAGUGAAAGUUUUUUCGGCGCGUUGGGUGUAGUGGGGGGAAACGCAAAUAGAGAAAAUGUACGGCGCAGGCUUGAGCAUUUUACCGAUAUCCUAUCCACUCUUGUAAUUAAUUCAAUUACAACCUGAGCAUUACAAAAAAAUCAUGCAAAUAUAGGGAAUAAAAUGCUGAAGUACAUGAAGAGCCAAAUGGUCGCACCUCUGAUUGUCUCGGGAAGUUUCAAUUCUGUCAGUAGAUGGCAGAUAUUUAUUUUCUUUCUCACAAGUGGUAGGAUGGCUUAUCAAUUGAAUUUAUAGAUAUCCUGAGUUAUUGUUUUAGCGAGUGGGACCCACGGUUUGUUGAUUACAAAGGGUUAAGGGAAAUACUUAAUAAACGGUUCCAGCUCUACCUCCGAGCCACAGCCGUUAGAAAAUGUGAAUUGGGAGGUAACGGGGGUCCCACAUU